AAUGGACGGCAUGACUAAAACCAUAAUGGAUCUCCGCGUAGGCCAGACCGGAAGGGUUGUAGGCGGAGAUGACGGGGUGCCCAUCACUGGAGAAACAUCCAUCGGGCGCCCGCCCUCCCCAUGUAGUCUUAGUUAUACAUCCGACAAACAUCCCAAGUUGGCGUUGGCCAACAUUAAUAUGUUACAAAAGAGGCGGGAGCUUUGUGACGUGGUGCUCAUUGUGGGUGGACGGAAAAUAUUUGCUCAUCGAGUGAUUUUAUCUGCCUGCAGUCCAUAUUUUCAUGCAAUGUUUAUGUCAGAACUUUUAGAAGCCAGACAGACAGAAGUCCCAAUACACGAUAUAGAUGAACACGCUGUAGAUUUACUGGUGAAUUUUUGCUAUACUUCUGAAAUAACCGUUCAAGAAUCAAAUGUACAGACUUUGCUCCCAGCAGCUUGUCUGCUUCAGAUGCAAGAAAUUCAGGAUGUAUGCUGUGAAUUUCUCAAGCAGCAGUUGCAUCCUUCAAAUUGCCUAGGAAUCCGUGCUUUUGCCGACACCCACUCCUGCAGGGAAUUGUUACAUAUUGCGGAUAAGUUCACCCAACAUAAUUUUCAGGAGGUUAUAGAAAGCGAAGAGUUUAUGGAACUCCCAGUGAACCAGUUGAUGGACAUCAUCUCGAGUGACGAACUUAACGUGCGUUCCGAAGAACAAGUGUUCAGCGCCGUCAUGGCUUGGGUUAAGUACAACGUAACGGAAAGGCGCCCCUUCUUGGCUCAGGUUCUCGAACAUGUGCGUCUACCUCUUCUUAGUCCAAAGUUCCUGGUCGGUACUGUUGGUUCAGACCUUCUUAUCAAAAGCGAUGAGGCGUGCCGUGAUUUAGUAGAUGAAGCAAAGAACUACCUCCUAUUACCACAAGAACGUCCUCUAAUGCAGGGUCCGCGAACUAGACCACGCAAACCAGUCAAAACGGGGGAAGUUCUUUUUGCAGUUGGUGGUUGGUGUAGUGGAGAUGCCAUAGCUUCUGUAGAAAGAUUUGAACCUACCACCUGUGAAUGGCGAAUGGUUGCUCCCAUGAGUAAGAGACGGUGUGGAGUGGGGGUUGCGGUCCUUUCCGAUUUGUUGUAUGCUGUUGGAGGUCAUGAUGGACAGUCGUACUUGAACAGCGUUGAAAGAUAUGACCCUCAAACAAAUCAAUGGUUAUGCGAGGUUGCUCCAACCAGCACUUGCCGCACAAGCGUAGGAGUAGCAGUGUUGGACGGUUACCUGUAUGCUGUAGGGGGUCAGGAUGGAGUUUCUUGCCUUAAUGUUGUGGAGAGGUAUGACCCUCAGAGCAACAGAUGGACAAAAGUAGCGUCUAUGAACACUAGACGUUUAGGUGUGGCUGUUGCUGUUCUUGGUGGCUUUUUGUAUGCUGUUGGGGGUUCAGAUGGACAAAGCCCACUUAACACAGUGGAACGAUUUGACCCAAAAUUGAGCAAGUGGACGAUGAUGCCAGCCAUGAGUACACGACGUAAGCACCUAGGUUGUGCAGUUUACAACAACAUGAUCUAUGCUGUUGGUGGUAGGGAUGACUGCACUGAGCUUUCGAGCGCAGAGCGUUAUAAUCCUCACACUAAUCAGUGGAGUCCGAUUGUAGCAAUGACAUCCAGGAGGAGUGGAGUGGGCCUAGCUGUUGUGAAUGGAAUGUUGUAUGCAGUUGGAGGAUUUGAUGGAACUACAUACUUGAAAACCAUUGAAGUUUACGAUCCUGAUCAGAAUCACUGGCGACUUUGUGGUUCCAUGAAUUAUCGUCGAUUGGGCGGAGGAGUGGGUGUAGUCAAACUUCCACAUAACGAGGCUCAUCUUUGGUGAUUAAACGAAGGGCUAGAAUUCUGGCUAGGGGUAACUGUCAGUGGAAAAUUGGGCACAGGAAACAGUGGAAUUUAAAUAAUUUGGGUAUAAAAAUGUCUAGUGUUGUAUAUCAAAGACUGUAAGUGUUAUUUGUAUUGAUAUACUACUAUACCUUAUUAGAUAACUGAAGUGUUACCGGAAAGACUGUUACAUUCGAUAUGACCAAGCACUUUCAGUUCUGCGAGACGACACCCAUAUUCCAAAUCAUUACUGUAUUCCUCGUCAUGCAAGUGACCACAAAUAUUUUUGAUGCCAAAAGACCCAAACAUUUCCAAUUGAGACUGACACCUAAUUUGCUAGAAUUCUAGCUAUGUACAUUGGUAUAUAGACCUCGAAGUUAUACAAAACUAUUUGAUACGGACAUUUACAACCAAAACUUAGACCAGGUGUGUUGGUCAGGAUGACGCCUGACAAUGCGGUCAUGAAAGAGAAAGAUUGACCUUCAAAGAAACUCCUAUUAUUCAGCUGAUUGUAGUUGUAUAGGGCAUGGUUUUGAACCCUAUUUGUAUUGCAUUGCAAACUUCAUUAAAAAUUGUAUUCAGAUAUUCUCUUAAAUAGUUUGUAAGGCUUCUUCACAAAAGAGUUUUGAUAUAAUUUUUUGGUAAAGGGAUGGUGAAUCAAGUCUGGUCUGAGUAAUGCAAAAUAAAAAAAAUAAAAAGAUUCCUCUGUGAUUUGUCUUUUCUAGAUGCUCGAGUUUUGAACAGUUUAGUUUUGGCCCUACGCUUUUAUAGACAACUGUAAAUAGCUGAAGAGAGAAGUAUUAGUGUACUCAUUCAGCAAUGAUAUAUACAUAUUUAGUGAGUGCACAGUAGUCAUAUUUUUACCAGUUUGGAACUUAUCAAUGAUCUGUGGAUUGACCAGUUUAUCACUAGUCUUUCAGUGUGGUGUUACGCUCGAGGGUGUCCUCGAUGACUCGGAAAUGAAAGACAGACUUUUGAAUGAGAUGAUCGCCCUCUUUUGAAUGUCAAGUUCAUUGCUUUAACUGUUACUUUGAUGUGUAGGCAAGAAACUCAGUUAUUUGUGGUUGGAUUAUCAGUAUGAAGUCAGAAACUGGGAAUGCAGUACAGUUCAUAAUAUUGGGGGUUACUGGCUUGUUCAAUGCUGCCAUUUUAGUUCAGCUUAAAUUUUUUUUUUUUUUUAUAAAUAAUUGAAAGUUUUUGAGAUAUGUUUUUUUUUUUUUUGCUACAUAUAACCAUAUUUAGAGCUUAUGAUGUUAUUUAAUUGAUGAUUACAUAAGAUUUUAAUAAAGUUCCCUAUUUUAGUUAUUAUGAAGGAUUUCUAAUAGCAGGAUUGAUUUUACAAUAUUUACGUAGUGUAGAAGCAUGGUCUAGUGAGUUAUAAUUUUAGUAAAGUUCAUCCAUCAACACUAAACAAGUUUAGAUUUUAACCAUUUUUAUUGUUUGUUUUUAUACACUUGGAAAGAAUUUCAUUUAUUUGAAGUGCCCUCCCCCCUUUGUGAUUAAAAUAAAGUUUUUUCAUUUAGUUUUGAAAAAAGAUGGGAUUGUUCCCCUUGUAAUUUUGUCUGUACUUUGGUAAAUUCUUGUGACAAGAUGUCUAAACAAAAGGUGUAAAGUAAGGAAAAUAUCAAAGUAAACAGUAACUAAUGAAAAGAUCAUGAAACUUGACUGGACAUGCCCUCAUGACACCUGGAUCUGAAGAACUUGGCUGAAAAUGGCCUAACUUAAACGUUUCCCCAUCACGUGAGCAUUAGUGUCACUUAAUUUUUGUUCACUAGAAGUGUGAAGAAUUUUCUUUUCAUUUAGAACUUGGAAGGCACAUUUGAUUUGUUGGUUAGUAGUAAAUGAGGUUUUUCAUGUAAGAGAGUAUACAUAUAUUUUUUUCUCUCUCUUUACUAAAAUUUUGUUUUUGUAGGAAGUAUUUUUUUUUUUCUUUUGUGAACUUCUUCACUCUAGUUUGGGUAGAGAAUCAUUAUAUGGAAGAAGUUCAACCAAACCAGGAUCAUUCCGAGGGUAGCCAUAUUGCCUUUCCAGAAAGCAUAUUAAAAGGAGUUUGUUUCCGUGUCGUUUUCAGUCCGAAAAUUCAAAAAUGUACAGGGAAACUACAUAUCUUGCCUUCAAGACUGAAGAUGUCUAAUCUAAAGAAUCAAGUCCUAUAAUCAAAUUUUAAUCACCCAUGAAGUCUUUUAAAUAUUUUUAUUUCACAAUUUUUUAAUUUUAAGUUUUGAUGUCGAGUGUAUUUUGGGAAAAAUUGUCAUAUAUACAUAGCAAUACAAGUACAGUGAGAAGCUCUUUUGUGUGACAAACGUAAAGACAAACAUAUCAUUUCUUUGAGUUUUCUUCACCUGGGAAUGACUUUUUUUCCCCUUUGCUGUGUCCCUUUGUCCUCCAGGUGCACCCCCUUUCAUUCCUUUGACUAUACACAGAAUUUAGUAGUUAAAUGAACUUUAUAAAAUUUUCUGGAACAGCCUGCCUUCCUUCUAAGAGAAUUGCAUAGUUUACUUGUAGUUAACACGUCAUUUAUUAUUUUGGAAUAUGAAAUUAAUUAAUUAGGAGUAGUACUAUACACUUCAAAAUGUUUUAAGUAUUGCAGCCCUAAAAUAUGAAGUGUUGUCCAUAAUGUUACUUCAUUCUGUACAUCAAUUAUGUUUUGUUUGUAUUCACAUUUGGCAUUCAUAUCUCAGAUAGUACUGAAUGAAGAUAUUCAUCAGCUUUGUGGCCUUUAUAUUUAGAAUUUUUAGUAUGAGAGAAUAAUUUUGGCUCAUAUUUAGAUGCUGUUUUGUUCAUGUUCAAGAUAUAGGAAAAUGAGUUAUGUGGUAUCAUUACUUUGUUUAGCAACCUGUUUUCUUCCUAAGCCCCAAAAAGCAAAACAUAUUGUUCUAUGAUAAUAGAAAUUCAUCUGAAUUGAUUGUUUUAUGUAUUGUGAAUAUACUUUUAAUAUUUUGAGAGAUUAUGGUCACACUUGCUAUGGGGUCCUGUUCACUGGAAAAAUACAGCAGAUCUUCACAGCACAAACAAGUUUUUAACCCUAAUGUUAUGCAAGAAUUGGAUACAUGUAUUUCAAAGAUUACCUUUAAUUUUGACGCAUACUUGCCUCAGCAGCUGUAGAUAUUGGUCGAUGUUUUAAGAGCAUAGAGUAAAUUAAAGAAGUUAAAUUACUUGUGCACUGUUUUGACAGAUGUUUUAAAAAAUGAUUAAAUAGCUCCUUGCUCGCAGAUUCAACAAAAAUUGGAUGUUUAGUAUGUGUCGAAUUUUCAUUCCUAUUUGAAAUACCUAUACUGCGUGACAGUUGGUGGCAAAUGUUACACCAACUUUAAAUGACAAGUAUAGCUUGAAGGCACCCAGUAUGCAAAGAAUUUAUAAUUUCUUAGUGACUGUAGGAAUUAAGCUUUAAUAGGUCUAGCCUAAAAAUUUCUGGUGUUGUUUACCAGGUUUCCAAUGUUAAUGAUAUAAGCUCUAUUUUUGCUCUAGUCUGAACUAUGGUAUGUACGUCUGCAACUUGGCACUUCCACACGAGUUGCAUAACGUCUUUAUCUUGUUUCGCUCUCACUUCCAGAAUAUUUUAAGAAAACCAUCAUUGCCCUGACAGAAUUAUUCUUGUUCAUUGUAUGGUAACAAACCUCUAAUUCAUGGUAAUUGUCAUCCUGAAUUGGGGUUUACCAUACAAUAAAUAAUCCAUGUACUACUUCACAGUUUGUAGUGCCCUUAAGCCAUGCUUUUCCAAUUUCAGGAUAUUCUCCCCAAGUCAGCUGCUUACUUGUUCUUUUUAAAAGCAAUACCAAAUGCAUAUAAUUUAGAAAGUAUAAUUUACAAACAUUGUGAAGUUCUAACCGUGACAGAUCUUAAGUUCAGGUUUGGGUUUUGUCUUUAACUCUCCUUCCUGGGAUCUAUCUUCCUUUGCUCAUUGCCCCUCUAAAUUUUAUAUAGCUAAGACAGAUAUAUUCCAUAAAAACAUUCCUUUACACUUGUGUAGUUUUGCUUUUAAGAUAAUGGAAAAAAAAGUUUGUUUUAUGAAAUUAUCCAGUUUUGCUAUUCAGUAGUUCACACCAUAUGAAUUUGCUAUUCAGCAGUUCACAUCAUAAGGAAUUGUAAUUACUGAAAUAAAAUUGCAUUCAAGUACAGGUCCUUUUCCCAUUAGCUCGAUUUAAAAUGUUUAAAAACUUGAAAACUUUUCAUUUAAAACGUUUAAAAACUUGAAAACUUUUCUGUUACAGCCAAGCUAUUGCUGAAGCCAUUGUUUUUUAAGUGGGUAGAGAGUGUAGAUGCAAAACAGACUGCCAAUGAAUGAAUUUUUUUUUCUCUCUCCAGGUACCUGUUUUGUUAGGGCAUUAUGUAUGUACUACUAUUGAAUUUGUUAGUCAUAUGGCUUUUGGAAGGUUGACAGCCUGACAGUGCAAAGGUUAAUGAUGAAUCUAACAGGAAGUCGGGAAAGGUAUCUGACCAGGUAAUUGUCAUUUAUUGUUACCAUUACAUGCAUAAAAUUACUGCCUGAACAUAAACAGUCACUACAGUGUAUUAUGAGCCUGUUUGUUGUAGCCAGAGAUGUUCGUUAUUAUUAUUGGCUUGGUCUCAACCACUUCAACCAGUUGACUGUACUGUAUUACUGAUGCUGCUGCUGAUAAUGCUGAUAGGGGAAGCAUGUGAUGCAUAUUUUUAUAUCUGUGAUUUAUUUUAUAAUUAUGGUUUAACUUGUGAAAUGUAGUGUUCUUAUACUUUAGGUAAAAUCUCCAUGAUUUUUGGACAUAUAGAUAUGAAAUAAAGUAUGUGUUGAAUUUUU